GACUUGAGAACGCGAAACGAUCGAGUUUGACCCAUUCGCCGCCGAACUAACGAGGUAUGGGCCGAGGUUUUAUCGCACAAAGCUGAGUCACUGUUGGGCCUUCCAAAUUAUUCAUUUCGCUUGAACUGCUCAGUUUUUAUGCCCGGCAGUCCCUGUAGCGUAAACGCGAUAUUGCGGUGACGGUGAUGGUGAUCGGUCACCUGAACAGACGUCGGUCGCGCGGGUGUUGUGACGCGCGUGUUUGAAUUCGUGUCCCACUGUGGGGCGACAGGCGGUGCGGGGCAGGAUGCGCCCAAGUGACACCUCCAGCAAUAACUGCUAAGUGGUUCGGUACACCGGGAAGAGAUUUGAAUCGAAUGCCUGAACCUGUAAAGGUGCAGAAAUUGGAAAUGCACACCAAUUGUGCUCUUGGUGAAAAAUAGCCGUGACGUGAGAUGUUAUCUCCAGUCAGUGUCUUCAGAAUGAAAUGAUGACAACAACAGCGGACGAAGCGAAUUUCGACGAAUUAUCACCCUGAUGUUAAAAAAUACAUUCAGAAAUCGACGGAGCCCCGCCAAGAUACGAGACUCAUGAGUGCAAUUUAAACAUCGCAUCAUCAACCAUAGCCGUUCCACAGUGGCAGCGGGACGAGAUAAAAAGUUGUGAACGCGGAGACACCCAUUGGCGGUGGUUUCAUAACCGCAAGUGCUGCAGUGUGCAAUAAGAAGAAAAAGUGCGAGCCUACGACCUCGGCGGGCCUUGGCAAGGUGGUGAAAUCAUUACCAAUAAUAAGUGUUUAACGGUGACAAAGAUGUCCUACGAGUACAGCACAACGGGCCGGACGGCCAGUACCAGCUCGAUCUACGACUAUCCGGAACACCUGAACCCGUUCUACGAGGACGAGAACCACAAGCGGCUGCGAUUCUGGCAGUUUGGCCACCAUCGUUCCGAUAGGCCAAAAUCGCAACGGCGCGGCAGUUUGGUCAGCAUCAGAGAUGGUCUCCGCGAUAUGUGGGAAUUCAAAACCUUCCGUCUGAAAAAGAAACGCUCGUCGUCGCUGGGCAUAAACAAGACAUCGGAGAGCCCACCGCCCCUGCGGCGAGACGAUCCCGGACUGCACUACUAUACCAUGGGCAACAAUUCGACGCCCUAUCGGAACACAAUCAACACCAUCGGAUACGGUCCCGGCCAGUCGCAGUCCACCUCGAGCACACCACUUUUUCAACGAAACUCGCGCUACCGCAGCUCGCUGCAAACCCAACCGCAGGAGAACGAAAUUGGCCUCCAUAGAAACGAUCGCUAUCGAAGCACAAUUCAGAAUGGCUUCGCGACUUACAGUGGCAGCAGUAUGGUUACUUCAACGCCACGAUCGCGAUACAACGCCGAUACAACCGGACGUGGAAUGACCGCAGGGGUCUCCCAAUCUAGUCUUAAAAGCUCAAACCCGUUCGAUGAUGAUGAAAUGGAUGAUAGCGUUUCGAUAACCGACAGUCUAAAUGACCCCAAUGGAACAAUACGCUCAAGCAUGGCGAGACGCAAAAAGCGUCGAGCACCGGCGCCUCCAACUCGCAACUUGGCGAACGUCCACGUUGACCCCGCAGACACAGCACUUGCAACGAGAUUAAAAAUUGAAGAAUCACCUCCGCCGGAAAACCCAGAGAACGUAAAAAAUCUCACGAAUCUAACCGCUGAAAUUGAAUCAUUUGUACGUACUAGUUCCGACGAUAAGGUCCAUCAAACGGAAACCGUGCAGGCCAGUCAUGUUGAAAACCCCGCAUCGUCUAGCGAUAGUAAUAAUAAUCGUGUGGUCGAGCUUGUCAUCGUGGAAACAAAGAAUGAAAUCAAAGAAGAAGUUAGUUCAACACAUGAAGAAAAAGUUGAUCAUGUUGUUCCUAAUGAAGGCAAUAGUCAAACCUCUCCUACCGAAGUGACUAAAAAUAAAAUCUGUAUCCCUGAACCCGUAGAAGAAAUGUCCCAAAUUGAAGAGCUGAAAAUAGAAGAUGAGACAAGGUCAAUUACUCCACCUCAACCUUCACCUCGAUUAAGAGCAACUCCACCUCCGGUUCCUCAGACACCUCCUGUUGUUGAGCCGGUAGACCUUGAAAACGUCGCUCUCCCCGAAACUCCAAUCCCUGCUAGACGCCACAAUAAAAACCGUAACCAAGCGGCGGUAAACGGCACCGAACUUCGAAUAAUCGAGUCAUCAGACUCGACCACCGCCAGCACAGCCGAGGAAGAGGAAAAUAUGGAAUCCAAGGUCGUCAAACGCAUCAACUACGAGUUCCAAUACAAGGUUGAACCGAUCAAAACCGAAAUCGACGAAAAAAUUAACACAGCCCGACUCAAGAUCAGCGAGUCAACCGGUGACAUCGAUUCGCUCCAAAACACCGGCACCGAUCGGCGACGAUCCGUGCGAGACAUCAUCGAAUCGAUCAACAAAAGCCAAAGCCUCCUUAAAGUGAACCACGAAUCCACCGGCACCCUUUACUCGGCCCAAUCCAACGAUAGCGUCAAUCGCAACCUUCGGGAGCUAAACGACAGAGAAAAGGAAAUCCAACGAAUGCUGCACGAUAUGGAAACCAACUACGGUGGCCAGGCGCAGACCCAGCCUCGCAAAUGGUCUCUCACGCCGCCGACGAACAAACGCAGCUCGUACUACGACAACGUACCGGAGGGUAACGAAAAUCUGGACAACUUGGAUGACCGCAACAAUCUUCUCAGCAAAUCGGCAUUGCGGUCCAAGAAGAGCCCAACCAAAUCGCUCGGCAUAGAACCGUCCGAUGAUGGGUCGUAUCAGGACUGCAUGGAUUGGAAUCCACUGCCCAAGCCGCGGCGCAGUCGGCAUCUCCCCGACUCACAGUCCAAUCAGUCUACGUCAGCAACGGGAGGUAUUUUGACGGUCAUCGAUCAAAACAAUAACGGCAACGCGAAGCAAAGCUGAAUGCGACUCGGCGGUGCUUUCAAUGGGCAAUCUAUAACUUAGAAAUUAUUUAUUUAAUCAAUCAAACCUGAUGCAUGGCCUCAUCGUAGUCUAAGAAUAGAUAGUUGUCGUGCAAGAUGAACAGAUGUUAUGAAAUAUUGACCAUUUAUGAUGAUGUUUCAAAUAAAUGAUUGGAUGCCAGAGAA